AUGGAUGAGGUGCGUUCCACCCGUGAGCGGGAGCGUCGUGAGGAACGGCGUGAGCGCCACAAGAAGCGAAAGAGUCAUAAAAAACACAAGGACCGUGAUGAAGACAAGAAGCGCUUAAAAUCCAGCUCGCGGCAUCACGACCGCAAGAAAAGCCGUGACCGUGACCGGGACCGUGACCGCGAAAGAAGCCGUGACCGCGAAAGUAGCCGUGACCGCGAAAGAAGCCGUGACCGCGAAAGUAGCCGUGACCGAGGGACGCAUCGACUCCGGCAUCGAAAGCGCCACGCCCACAAGCAUGACAUGAGUAGCAGCAGCAGCAGCAGCAGCAGUAGCGACACUGACGAGGGGACCCGUCAUGGCCGACGUCAUGAGCGUCGUUCUCACCACUCUCAAGCAAAAGAACAAUGUACUGUCUCGACUUCUCUGGCCGGUCCUAGCCGUGAAAAGCCUUCUGCCGAUCAGAUUGCUGCCAUGCGCGCUGCGAUUUUAGCUGCUGCCUCGGAUCAAGAUGAUCCUGUGCCGACCAAACGUAUCAUGACGAUGCAAACCCCAGCUGAAUAUGCAAAGCAACAAGCCGAAGUUCGCCGCGAGUUUGACCCCGAUACGGGGCGCUAUCGGUACGUGCCGGCCCUGGUGUCCCUCUCCUCUUUCCUUGCAUCCGAUUAUCGGCAAGGCCGUGCGUGUGUGAGCAGGCACGUUGCACAAGCUUCUCAACCGAGUUUCAAUGUGCAAAUGGAUUGGCUAUAG